AUGCCUUCGGCCGCAGCCAGGCGGUUUUACGAGGAUCAGAUACCACCCUUCAUGGCCGUCUUUGACCUGGACGCGGAGACCAUGGCAGACCGUGACACGGUCACGGUCGUCAACCCCAAGAUGAUCGAGAUGGAGACUUCGUGCGCUCCAUCGCUCGGAAACCCCAUGCCUUCGCAACAUCUACGUCCCGCCACAAUACCUUCCGAUUCAAUCCACCACAAGCACCACGACAGCACAUCGACACAGGCCUCCGAAUCAGCAGAGUCGUCGCCGACGACGACUCUGUCCAUAACCGACUCGUCUUCCUUGUCUGACCCCUCGCCGUCUUCCUCUCCCGAUUCGCCCAUCAAUCUCAUACCUUUAUCGUCCUUCCCCGCAACAUCCUUCGGCGCUCUACCGCCCCUGAACACUCUCACCAUUCCAGAAAGCUUAAGUGCUCUGAGCACAGGCCGACCCAUGACAUCUCCUGCCCCCCGUCGCCCCAAAAACAUGAAGGGCCUAUCCAUUCAGCCACCCAGCAUCAACACGGGCGUCGUCAACACGACGAACCACAUCACGUCCGAACCUGCCUCGCCGUCCUUUAUCAAGCCUACGAUACCCGGAAUGAAGAGGAAACCUAGCCAGCUCAGCCUCAAGACGAACUCGAACGAUCUCAUCGCGAGAACCACUCUGGAAGUCCCUAGCACGCCCGCUCUGCCACCCAUCUUGCAACGACGCGCAUUAAAACACUCGACCUCAUCACCCCAUAUGCUGACGGGACUCAAGUCAGCGUCAUUAGGACCCAUCGGAGGCAUGAGUUUCCCCAAGGUUCUUGAGCGCAACGAGUCAGGGCUUUCCGAGCUUCUGAGGCCAACGAGGACGGGCGUUGGCGCGACCUUUGAGGCACCCAUCACUGAGGAGGAAUCGCCAAUUCGAACUCAAAUGGCCAACCGAGCCGCCAUGGAUGCCGAGCCCUUCCAUGAGAUCGAACAAAACGAAGACCAAAAGACACCCGGGUACCCUGACGGCCCCAUCGCUAUCUAUGACGACAAUGUCUUCCUGUAUCUCGAGCCAUCUGCGGAUGAGGCAGCGAAGUUCGACACGGUCAUCAAUGUUGCACGUGAAGUCAUCAAUCCAUUCAGCGCUGCACACAAAGCGGACCACGAGAUGACCGACAGGCCCAUGGAGGCUGCCGACGACAGCCCCAUUCCCGAUACCGCGGUGACCAGCGCCAGUUUUGCGACAGCAUUUGAGUUCCAACCUUCAGACGAUCGCCUCAUGGAUACUCCAACGACGCCGCGGGCCGCCGGAUUUCCCCAGAAGCAGCCUGAGUACAUACACAUGCUCUGGGACCACAAUACGGACAUCGCAAAAGACCUCAUGCAGCUCUGCGAGACGAUCGAGUCGAGGACGAGGGAGGGCAAGAAGGUCCUGAUUCACUGUCAGCAGGGCGCGAGUCGUUCCGCCAGUCUCAUCAUCGCCUACGGACUGUACAAGAAGCCCGAGCUCAGUGUCAACGAUGCUUACUAUGCCGCUCAGGCGAAGAGCAAGUGGAUCAGUCCCAACAUGAAGCUAAUGUACUGCCUGCAAGAUUUCCAGAAGGAGGUGUCUGCGAGAAAGCCUGCGCCUGGUUCCGCAUUCCGUCCUCGCUCCGGCAAGAGCCCAACCAAGCAUCGACUGACCCUCUCCGCCGACGCCAUCGAGAGUCCAGCAAAGGAGGCACGGACCGCUCCCAGGACCGCUCCUCUUCCCAACGAGCAGGAGAAGAACUCAAUGGGCGGCGUCGCUGGUAAUGGCAGCCCAAGGAGGGCGCGCAGAUUCUCGAACCCCAGCAACAACCGGCCGAACCCUAUCAAGGCGUACUCGGCCCCCGCAAGCUUUUGCUGCUCACCAGCAGCAGAGAAACAGGACUUUGGCAAGCCUGCCCACUUCGAUUUCGAUCGCUUACUGCCAUCAAUUAACCAGCCUACAAUCUUUGGUCGCGAUGUCUCGAACGAUAAGCCGCAAAGCACGAUGAUGAAGCCCCCGCCUUCUCCUGGGUUCGGUAGCCAUCGAUUCGGAUCGCAGGCUGGGUUUGCCUUUGCGAGUCUCAAUCUAGGCUCCUCGCCCGAGCUUAGGCCAAUGGGCCCGCCAGCGCCAAUCGAACACGAGGUAACACCACUCGGCGCUUUUCCAGAGGACGAUGCCCUCAUGUCGCCUCGGGCUGAGACGAUGACCAACAACCCGCUGCAUGAGCCAUGCCACAAUAUUGCGGGCAUGCAAUUUGUCGAGGUGCCACCAACACCAUGCGACGGUCUCUUCUCGCCGCGGGAAACCAUGUUCCCGCGUGACCCUCACUUUCCGUUCGCUCGCCCGCCGCAAGUUGCCGACCCUAGGAGCCCGCCGACGAAGGGCGAAACACCCAUCGUUCGGUCCAUCGACGAAAUCCUUUGA